GUAUACAUGUUCGCGUUAUGGUUUUGGGCGAAAUAGGGGUUAAGAGCUUUGUACGUAUUUAAUGCGUGUUUCUUGUGCGUCCUACAGUGUGUAAAUUUUCAGUUCUGGGUUUCCUGAAUUUUUCUGAAAGUAUGUAAGGGAUCGUGGAUGCAGUAAUGCUCGGUCGAAAACAAUACAAAAUUCGCAUGCGAAGAGUCAUUUUAUAGACUGUGUUAGUGUAGUGUCUAGCCGUUGUAUGUGGUAAACACGAAGGCUAGGUAUGCUCGUUUGUGAUGAAUAAAGAAGUAGUGGCACACCUUAAGACACGGUGGCAUGUGCCAAAAGCGGUUAAUGCGUAAAUGAAGUGUGUUCCAGGUCGAUAGUAGUAAAAAAAGAAAGAAGACAAAGAGUAACGCUCGUAACGCUAUUCCUGUAACAGGCUCUGGAGGCCUAUGCCCACUGGUUGUGAGACGUCGACGUCAGUAGUAAUAUAAUUGGGGACAUGCUUCUGAACCCCACUUCAGUGUGACGAAACAUUUGAAAUGCUUUCAUAGCUCUAAAGAGAAUUUCUUGUUCCAUCAUGGCUUCAAUAAAGAACUUCACUAGAGCAGGCCAAGCAGAAAUUCUUCGUGCAGCUCAGAAAGAUGAACAAGUUACAGACAGACUAAGUGAUCUUGUAUUUGAUGUAGUGCAUAUGUUUUUUGGAAAUAGGAGAUGGCUUAAAUCCCGAAAUUUGAGGGAAACACUUGCAAGUUUUUUGUAUUAUGGAUUCACAACUGUACCUGGCUACCAGACAUUAGGUGAGGAAUAUACAGGGAUGAUUCAGAUCAGUAAAGCAAAUAAGAAUGUGCCAGACAAGUUUCUGAGAAUUUUUAUGGUUAUCAUUAACUGUGGAGGUGAAGUCCUUUUCCGUGAUCUCCUCACUAGGUUAGAGGAGCACCUUAAAUUACCAUCGAGUGUCACACAACUGCGACCUGAAGCUCAGUCAAAGCUGCUUUCAUAUGUUCGUAUCAUAAAACAUUUGAUUCCGUAUCUUCAUAGAUUGCAUAAAGGAAUUUUCUAUCUCAACGGCAACUAUUAUCACAUUGCCAAAAGACUCAGUGGAAUUAAUUAUAUCUUAGUACGGCAGUGGUUGAAGGCUGAAGUAUCACACAGUGGCUUUAAGAUUUUGGGAGUAAUUUCUUUGUUAUACCUCCUGCUGCUUGCCGUCCAUACUUGUGUUUCACGGUUGAAAUUAGGACAUGCUUCAGCAGACGUAUUGACUUUAAGAGAUGUUGAAUUGAAAGUGCCUGUAACAGCUGGUACAAGAUUGCAAUGUACCCUGUGCUUAGAGACUAGGAAAAAUACGUCAGUAACACCCUGUGGCCAUCUUUUCUGUUGGAACUGCAUCAUGGAGUGGGUUCAAAUGCAACAGAUAUGCCCGUUAUGCCGAGAGAGAGUCAUGCCAUCCCGUGUUGUUUUGCUUCAGAACUAUGAUUCAACACACUGAUUAAGGCAGAUCUUCUAAUGUAGUGUCGUGUGUGUGGGGGGGGUUUGACAACCAAGACUGAAUAAAUUAAUUUUCCUGUUUGCUUAUCUGUGACAAGUGCUGUCUUUGCCUGUCAUUUUAAACAAAUAUUUGGGACUGUAUUUGCUGUGCAACACUACUUCCCCCCCCCC